UGUAACAACACUCGUCUGAAUUUUAAAGAUUAACAAAGUUUCAAACAAUUUCUUGCAUUUUUUGGUUGUGGUCGGUUCCACUGUUGUAGUUAACGUAGGGACAGGGAUGCAGACUUCAUACUCACAUUUAUAUCCGGGUGGACACUUGUUAUACUUAUCACAGGAAGUUGGUUUCGGAGUUGUUGAUGGUGUUUCUGGUCGAGUUGUGGGAGGUUGUGUUAGUGGAAGUUGUGUUGGUGGAGGAACAUAUUGACAAUAAUUUCCUCCAGCACAUCUGUAUGGUCCGCGACACCAGUAACAAUCUUUAAAGGCAUUUCCGAUGUGACAACACUCGUCUGAAUUUUAAAGAUUAACAAAAUUUCAAACAAUUUCUUGCAUUUUUUGGUUGUGGUCGGUUCCUUUGUUGUAGUUGUCGUAGGGACAGGGAUGCAGACUUCAUACUCACAUUUAUAUCCGGGUGGACACUUGUUAUACUUAUCACAGGAAGUUGGUUUCGGAGUUGUAGAUGGUGUUUCUGGUCGAGUCGGUGGGGCUACACAUGUAUCCCCAAAACAUCUCCAUGGUUUUGGACACCUUUUUUCGCAGGUAAUCGGGGUUGGGGUUGUUGAUGGUGUAUCUGGUAUAGUCGGUGGUGCUACACAUAUGCCACCGUAACAUCUAAAUGGUGGCCGGCACCAUUUUUCACAAGGAAUUGGGGUGGGCGAUGGUGCGGGUGGUGUGGGAGAUGUUGGGGUUGUCGGUGGAUUUGUUGGUGUGGGUGUAGGCACAAGUUUACAGUAUCUGCCCUUGAUACAAGUGUACGGUGGGAAACAGUGGUAACAAAUUGUUGUAAAAGGAUUUCCUGGGUAACAACAACGUCCUGAAAAGAA